UGAAAGCGAGGCAAAUCUUACGUGUGAUUCUCUUUUCUUUGAAAAAUUAGAAGAACAGUGAAUCACAUUGUAUUGCACUGGUGUUUUUCAAACUUUUGCAAAAUGUCGAAGAACAAGAAACUCACAAAAGAAGAGGAGUUACUGUUGCAAGAUUUCGGCCGCAAUGUGUCGACGAAAUCGUCGUUGUUGUUUUAUUGUAAUGCCUUUUUUGUCUCGGCUGUGCCACUAUGUAAGUGUGACCUUUGUUCGUUUAUAGUUUCAUAUUUUGAAGCAUUUGGUUCCACGUGUAGAAGAAAAAUGUGAUGUUUCAUCAUGGUAUUUCAUUUCGUUUGUACACAUGUUUAAAAUAGACAUAAAACUCAUUAAUGCUAAACUUUAUAUUUUAACAUAAAAACACCACCUGAUACAAUUACUAGAAAAUGCCCAGUUGGUAUAAAAUUUAUAAACCUGAUAAAACAGCAUCCAUUAGAACUUGAUAAGCUUGUGGUAUUUUGGAAAUUACAAGAUGGAAACCCUUGUUUUACAAGUUACCAUUUUGUUGUGCAAAAUACCAAUAUUUAUGAUCUUUCUUGAUACAAAUAUGAAAAGGCAUUGACAGGCUGUUCACACGAUCUUGGCCUGAUAGUGGAAGGCAGGAUGAUUUCGAGGGUGAUCUGAACUAUUGGCAUUAUAAAGUUAAGUAAUACGUAAAAAAUUGCACUGUCUACAAAUGCUAAAUACGUUCUAGUGGUUGUCGACAGUGCUAAUUUCUCUGUAUUAGUUAACUUCAUUUUGUCUGGUGCCAUUUGAUUUUGAGGUGUUUUAACCAGUUGCACGCUAAUGUGCCCUUUCUUUGUUGUUUUACUCUGUCUAAUGUCUGAUGAUUUUACUUGUCAAGGGGAGAGUGCUGGCACUCGAUAAGCAAUCUUGCAUUCUUUCUCAUCGCAUUCUAUCGAGUUCUGACUCAUUCAUGAUUGAUGAAUUUGUUUAGGGUUAUUCUGGCGUGUUCAUGAAAUGGAUCCACAGGAUUCAGUGAUUUUGUUCAGUGUUAUGACCUUGAUUUGUACAUGGUUUAUUUCCUAUGCUUAUAAGAAUAUUAAAUUUCAGUUAAAACACAAGUAAGUAGAAUGUUUUGUAAUCUGUAAAAUAAUUAUGUAAAAGAGGUAAUGAAAGGGCGUAGUAGUUGACUAACAUCCAAACAAAGUGUCUUAGCUCAGAACAUUGAAGUUUUCUCUUUAUCUCUGGAACUUGUGGCCAAAACAAACAGGAUUACGACCAAGCUUGCAAUAUUGCAGGUUGAGAACAGAGAUUUACUUUGGUUGAAAACUAGGCAUCCUAACUCUCCCACCUACAAGUCCUCCCCCACCUACAAGUCCUCCCCCAUAAAACUGGCUGCUACGCAGGUUACUGCAAAGUGAUAAACACAUUAAACAACGUUAAACUAAACCAUUCCAGGAUAGCAUUAAAGAUUGAACAUGCAGUGACGCGUGAAGUGAAUCAUCAACUAGAUUCGAAACCUGAGACAAAAAAAUUAACAAGACAAGAAAAAGAUGAGAGGUUUGUUGAAGAUGAAUAACAUGACUAUAUAUCUCACUGAGCAGUUGAGUAUAGUGUCUGGUCUUGUUAGCUUUUUGUUGUUAACCCUGUUAACUAGCAUUCUUCAUCCUUUAUUGAUUAACCACAUUACCCUGCAAUUUAUCAACACAUGUUUCCUUUUUUAGAAUUUUGUGGAAGAAAAACAACGUUGCAGACAUGGAGGCAACAACCUACUCGAUCUUUUAUAACAACACGCUGUUCUUGUUUUUGAUGUUGAUAAUGUCUUUCUAUGUUGCAAGAUCUUUCAACCCUGGAGUGUAUCCUUUUGAAACAAAACUGUAGGAAUAGUUUUAAAACAGGUACCAAGGCCAGAUUUUAGUGGAAAUACUGGGGAAGUUGGAAAAAAUAUUGUGGGAUGUGCAGUGUCUUCCUCACAGCCCCCAAUGGACAUGGCAUGUUAUGGCUUAGAACAUACCCCCCUAGAAUCAACCAUGUGAAUUAUGACUGUAUUUCAUUCUGCAUUAUGACUUCAUUGCAUUACUACAUUGCAUUAAAAGGGGCUAUUCAAUUUUAUAGAAAAAACUUUCUUACAAAGUGUAGAUCCCGAUCAGCGCAUAAAAAAUUUCACUUUGAUCUAUCACUUAAUCUUUCUCAAGGGUAGGUGCAUGACUUUUCAGGGGAGGGGCAAAACAAUCUCAGGGGAGGUGCGCACCUCCCCUCAAAAUCCGGCCAUGCCAAGUAUGCCUCUCAGCCAAGGCUCCUUCAUUGUACAACAUCAAUUUCCUUAACAUAUUUGUAGUAACUAUGUGAUGUCUACAGCUGCAGCUUCUGGAUUUGUUGCUCUCCUGUCCACCUCAUCUUCAGCCACAUCAUAAUUUUAAUAUUUCAACACAACUAUAUUGGUUUUUAGAAAUAAAGGUGGCUAGACUUGGCCAGAAUCAUAUAAGUUGUAUACUUGUUCAUUAUUUUUGGUUGUUCUUCAAGUGUUUUACUAGUAUAAGUUUUUAGUAUAAUAUGCUGGCUUGGAUGAAACUAGCUGGAAAAUAAAAUAAGAACAAACUUUGGUUUUGAGAGUGAAGGCCUUUUGUUUGGAAAAUAAUAGCGUGUGUCGGGAAACUACUAGCAAAGGGCCUUUCCUUGAGGCGUCUACGUUUGUUCCAAUUUUUCAGGUAGUUUCAUCAUACAACAAAGCUUGCAAAUUGUAUUCCUCACUAUCGACAUUAAGCACCUAUCAAGCAUAGUAUCUUUUUGUAUAAUACUUUUAAUUAAUAAGAAAUGUACCUUUGAAUAGACUGAAAUACAGCAUGUACCCUACCAGAAACUGAUACUUACAGGGGUACACCCCAAUGUUUUUUUACCAAAGAGUGGUACAUUUUCACGACAA